AUGAAGUCUGGAAAAGUUCUGCAACUUCUUUCGGUACUCCUAUUUCUCGAAAUUGUGGAAUCAACUAAACUUUUGGACAGCAAAUGUAUGCCACCGAAUUUUGCGCCAAGAAUCAUUGGUGGUCAAAAUGCUCGAAGGGCACCUUGGAUGGCAUACUUAAUUCGAAACAGAGGUUUUGUAGGCGGAGGCUCACUAAUCGCAUACCGCUUUGUUCUUACCGCUGCUCAUUGCUCAAAACCAAACGUAUCCUUAAUUGUAAGAUUGGGUGAAUACGACUUAACUACGACACGGGAUGGCAAAACAGAAGAUUUUCGAGCAAUGAAUAUCUAUCGUCAUCCAUAUUACAAUGCCGUCACCGAAGUCAAUGAUAUAGCCCUAUUAAAACUGGAUCGUCCAGUGAUAUACACAGCUACAAUCAAACCAAUUUGCAUUGUUCUGAACGCCGGCCUAAGACCUUUCAUAAAAGCUAUCCGUAAAUUUACCCUGACCGGCUGA